AUGGCGACUCCCUCUCUGCCCUUCCCCGCUCUUCCUCUAGGGGGCGCGCUGGCCCACCCGGACCGGAUCGUUUUCCCAAAUCCUGCCUGUGAAGACCCUCCGGCAGUGCUCUUGGAAGUACAGGGCACCUUACAGAGGCCCUUGAGCCGGGACAGCCACAGCUCCCCUGCCAACUGCACCUGGCUCAUCCCUGGCAGCAAGGAUCAGACUGUAAUGGUCAGGUUCCAAAAACUGCACUUGGCCUGUGGCUCGGAGCGCUUAAUCCUGCGCUCCCCUCUCCAGCCACAGAUCUCCCUGUGCGAGGCACCUGCCAGCCCUCUGCAGCUACCUGGGGGCAAUGUCACCAUCACCUACAGCUAUGCCGGGGCCAGAGCACCCAUGGGCCAGGGCUUUCUACUCUCCUACAGCCAAGAUUGGCUGAUAUGCCUGCAGGAAGAGUUCCAGUGCCUGAACCACCGCUGUGUGCCCUCAGCCCAGCACUGCGACGGGGUCGAUAGCUGUGGAGAUGGCUCGGAUGAGGCAGGUUGCGGUUCAGAUUCCUUCCCUGACCUGAUCCCAGCCUCUGCCCCCACCCCACGCUGCAAUCACACCUUGGAAGACUUCUAUGGGGUCUUCUCCUCCCCUGGAUACUCCCACCUGGCGUCAGUCUCCCACCCCCAGUCCUGCCUCUGGCUGCUGGACCCCCACGACGGCCGGCGCCUCGCAGUGCGCUUCACAGCCCUGGAUCUGGGCUAUGAAGAUGCAGUGCAUGUGUAUGAUGGCUCUGGGCCCCCUGAGACCUCCCGGCGGCUGCGCAGGCUCACCCACUUCAACAAUGGCAAGGCUGUCACCGUGGAGACGCUGUCUGGCCAAGCCAUUGUGGCCUACCACACAGUUCCUUGGAGCAGUGGUCGGGGCUUCAAUGCCACCUACCAUGUACAGGGCUAUUGCUUACCUUGGGACCAACCUUGCGGCUUAGGCUCUGGCCUGGGGGCCAGUGAGGGCCUCGGUGAGCGCUGCUACAGUGAGGCACAGCGCUGUGAUGGCUCCUGGGACUGUGCCGAUGGCACAGAUGAGGAGAACUGCCCCAGCUGCCCACCUGGACACUAUCCCUGUGGGGCUUUUGGCACCCCCAGUGCCACAGCCUGCUACCUGCCUGCUGACCGCUGUAACUACCAGACCUUCUGUGCUGACGGAGCAGAUGAGAGACGUUGCCGGCACUGCCAGCCUGGCAACUUCCGAUGUCGGGACGAGAAGUGCGUGUAUGAGACAUGGGUGUGCGACGGGCAGCCGGACUGUGCUGACGGCAGUGAUGAGUGGGACUGCUCCUAUGCCCUGCCCCGCAAGGUCAUUACAGCUGCAGUCAUUGGCAGCCUUGUGUGCGGCUUGCUGCUGGUCAUUGCUCUGGGCUGCACCUGCAAGCUCUAUGCCAUUCGCACCCAGGAGUACAGCAUUUUUGCCCCCCUCUCCCGAAUGGAGGCUGAGAUUGUGCAGCAGCAGGCACCCCCGUCUUAUGGGCAGCUCAUUGCCCAGGGCGCCAUCCCACCUGUGGAGGACUUCCCUACAGAGAAUCCUAAUGAUAACUCAGUGCUGGGCAACCUGCGUUCUCUGCUACAGAUCUUGCGCCAGGAUAUGACUCCAGGGGGUGCCUCAGGUGCCCGCCGGGGCCGUACUGUCCGCCGCCUGGUGCGCCGUCUCCGCCGCUGGGGCCUGCUUCCUCGAGCCAACCCUCCAGCCCGAACCCCUGAAACCAGACCCCAAGUCACACCUUCUGACGCUCCCCUUGAAGCCCUAGAUGGCAGCACAGGUCCAGCCCAAGCAAAUGCCACACUGCUGAAGAAGUCAGAGAAACUGUUGGCAGGGUUGGACCGGAGCGGGCCACCCUCUGCCCCCGGGGUCCCCAGACGAAGAGGCAGCAUGCCUGUCCCCUACAAGCACCAGCUGCGGCGGGCCCAGGCUGUAGAUGAACUUGACUGGCCACCUCAAGCCUCAUCCUCUGGCUCUUCUGACUCCUUGGGCUCAGGGGAGGCAGCCACCACCCAAAAGGAUGGCAUCUUCAAGGUCAUGCUUGUGGGGGAGAGUGGCGUGGGCAAGAGCUCCUUAGCGGGCACUUUUGGCGGUCUCCAAGGAGACAGUGCUCACGAGCCGGAGAACCCAGAGGACACUUAUGAGAGACGCAUCAUGGUGGAUAAGGAGGAAGUAACCUUAGUUGUUUAUGACAUCUGGGAACAGGGGGAUGGUGCGGGGUGGCUGCAGGACCACUGCCUUCAGACCGGGGAUGCCUUUCUCAUCGUCUUCUCAGUCACUGACCGACGAAGCUUCUCCAAAGUUCCAGAGACUCUACUUCGACUCCGCGCUGGGAGGCCCCACCACGACCUGCCCGUCAUCCUCGUUGGAAACAAGAGUGACCUGGCCCGCUCCCGGGAGGUCUCACUGGAGGAGGGCCGCCACCUGGCAGGAACACUGAGUUGCAAGCACAUCGAGACGUCGGCCGCGCUCCUCACCAAGAAGGCCAAGCGCUUCCUUGCCAACCUGGUGCCCCGCAACGCCAAGUUCUUCAAGCAGCGCUCUAGGUCGUGUCACGACCUCUCCGUGCUCUGA